AUGAGUUUCUAUAGGUGUCCAAAGCUCAAGAAGUUGCCUCAUGCAGGAGGACUAAGCAGACUCACCGCACUCAAAAAUCUUCGUCUUGGGGAUGAAAUGGAAGGGUUGAUGCAAUUUCUGGAUGAGACAGAGACUCUACCUCCAAAUCUUAAUCGCUUUUAUAUCCAUGAUUGUAAAUCACUACCCAAGGGGUUGAGAAACCUGUCCUCACUGAAACGUUUGGAAGUUAGUCACGCUUUUAAAGCCCUCUACAGCCGGGAGGAGCUCCCCGCAAAUGCCAUCGUUAUUAAAAGAAGUUGGUAUCCUUUUAAGGGCGAAGGUAUGGAAACAAGUAGGGAUGACAUAUUUGUAACCCAUCAUGUAGCAGUCUUGCUUGACAAAUUAUCCUCACAGGCAUUAAUAGAUUUUGGAUUGGUAUGGUGUGCGAAAAGUGAGCUACGUGCACUCUCAGAUCUUUUUGGGAAAAUUCAAAAAUUGCUCAGGUUUGCAGAGAAAGCUCAAGCAAGGAAUAUCUUGGUGAAAGACUGCCUCCGGAAUCUCAGAGAAGUUGCUUACCGAGCUGAGGACAUAUUGGAUGAGUUCAUCUAUGAAGCUUGUAAGGAAAAAGAUGAAAGAUAUGGAAGUGGAAAGGUACGUUUGCACUUCCCCUCUAACUUAAAAGCAGAUGGUCUUUUACGGAAGCAAGAAAUCGUGCCUCUUAUAAAUGAUGAACUCAUAAAGAAACUGGAGGAGAUUGAGAAGAAACUUGAAGACCUCUAUCUCAGAGAGUCAUCAGGAAAUCAGAAAUCACAUGGUGGUGGUGUGAUUGAUGAAAUAUUAGAUACUAGGCCAAAGAGUGGUUCUCUAGUUGAUGAACCUCUUACUUUGGGGAGGAAGGGAGAUGUAGUAGCAAUAAAAAAUAAGUUGUUGUCAAAUCCAAAGAAAAACCAAAAACAGGUUUCUGUUAUUGCCAUUGUUGGAUUGGGGGGCAUAGGCAAGACAACUCUAGCCCAGCUUGCUUAUAAUGAUCCUGAUGUAAAGAAACAUUUUGAAAGAAGCGCUUGGGUUUGUGUGUCUACUAAUUUUAGUGCUGUGAGAUUGAUCUCUGCAAUUCUAGAGUCCUUGACUGGGGAAAAUCCUAACUUGAGCUACCUAGAACCACUUCAACAUAAGUUGAGAGAUCAAUUAAAGGGGAAACGAGUUUUAAUCAUCUUAGAUGAUGUUUGGACUGAAAAGGAAAGCGAUUGGAUAUCUCUGAGAGUUGCAUUCUCGGCAGCAGGGGAAGGAAGUAGAAUAAUAGUAACAACUCGAAGUAGAAGAGUUUCAUCAAUGAUGCACCCCAUGUAUAUCCUUGAUCUAAAAAUUUUAACUGAUGAAGAGUGUUGGUCAAUAAUGGAAAGGCACAUAUCUUUAAAUUAUUGCUCUAUUGCUCCCAGCCUGGAAGAAGUGGGUAGGAAGAUUGCGAGGAAGUGCAAAGGAUUGCCCUUGGCAGCAAGUACGCUUGCAGGCCUUUUAAGCUCUAGUUCAGAUUUAAACCAUUGGGAAGAAGUCUUGAAUAGUUCCAUGUGGGACUUAGAAGAGAGCGAUUUGCCGGCUGCACUAAGUCUAAGCUAUUAUUUUCUUCCCAUACAUUUGAAGCAGUGUUUUGCUUAUUGCUCUGUUUUUCCUAAAGAUUAUAUAUUCAAGAAGCAACAUCUCAUUCAACUGUGGAUCGCAGAAGGUUUUAUUAGAAGGAACACUACAAGAAUGAAAGACAAAGCAGGUGGCCAAUAUUUUGAUGAUUUGCUGCAGAGGUCUUUCUUUCAGCGAAAAUCUUAUGUGGAUGGAUUUGUAAUGCAUGACCUUGUACAUGAUUUAGCACAAGCAGUUUCAGGAGAGUUGUAUGGUAGAUUUGAAUACGGGAUGAAAUCGAGCCGUAACUUCAAAGAGACCCGUUAUUCGUCCAUGAGUUGUGUAAAUUCCAUAAACAGGGACAAAAAUCAUGAUCAGAAGAGGUUGUCCACAUUGAUAAAUGUAGAUGGUUAUUCUUGUUCCCACCGCAAUUGCCUUACUGAUACUUUUGGAAGACUGAGAUACUUACGUGUCUUAGAUUUGUAUGCUUCUAAAAUUACGAUGCUUCCAGACGAUAUUGGUGAUUUGAAAUGCCUACACUAUAUUAACCUCUCAUUUGCUCGUGACAUAGAACGAUUACCGGAGUCAUUGUGCGAUCUUUUCAAUCUACAGUCGCUGAUACUCCGUUAUUCCGGAAUACGUGAGUUACCUAGAGGUAUGAAGUAUCUACGCAAUCUCCAGCAUCUAGAUGUUUAUGGGUGCAUAUACUUACUUUCCAUGCCACAAGGAAUUGGGAGAUUAAGUAGUCUCAAGACUUUGUCAGAGUUUACUGUCUCAAAAGAUGAUAACGGUCGUGGGAUAAGAGAGCUGAAGGAGCUGAGGCAGCUUGAGGGUGCACUUUCAGUCUGCUCACUACAGAAUGUGAUUCAUCCUCUGGAUGCUCGGGAAGCUGAUUUGAUGAGUAAGCCAAAAGUUGAUGAGUUAACUUUUAGAUGGGAUUACAGUAUUAGUGGUGAUAAAGAAGUAGAGGUUUUAGAAAGUUUACAACCUCACACUGAUCAGCUGAGGAGUUUACGUAUCUUCGAAUACAGUGGGUUAACAUUUCCAAGAUGGUUGAUGAUCGAUUUGCCAAGCUACAACAAGCUAGUCUCUCUGACACUCUUCUACUGCUGCAAAUGCCAAGUCCUCCCUCCGAUUGGAAAGCUACCCCUAUUGGAAUCUCUAUGCUUGGUAAAAAUGAUGAAGUUGGAAGAGUGGUCAUCUAGCAGCUGUAGAGGGGAAGAAAGUAGUGAUGAAUUCCCUAGCCUCCGAUAUGUAACCAUUUCAGACUGUCCAGAACUGAGGAUACUACCACAGCCGUUUCUGUCAAGUUCGAGACUAUGUAGAUUGAGUUUCUAUAGGUGUCCAAAGCUCAGGAUGUUGCCUCAUGGAGGAGGACUAAGCAGACUCACCUCACUCAAAAAUCUUCGUUUUGGGGAUGAGAUGGAAGGGUUGAUGGAAUUUCUGAAUGAGACAGAGACAGAGAGUCUACCUCCAAAUCUUAAUCGCCUUUAUAUCCAGGAUUGUAAAUCGCUCCCCAAGAGAUUGAGAAACCUGUCUUCAUUGGAACAUCUGGAAGUUAGUCACGCUUUUAAAGCCCACUACAGCCCGGAGGAGCUCCCCACAAAUGUCAUCGUUACUAAAAGAAGUUGCUAUCCUUUUAAGGUCUUCAAUGGCAACACUGACCCUGUUUGUGAAGGUGUGCAGAGGCUAAAAGACUACAAAUCGAUGGUGUUCCUUUCUCACCUUCUGCGAAGUAGGAGCAGAGUUGUAGGGGAUGGGGCAGCACUGGAGGGAAUAAUAGCACAAACAAUGGUGCGCUUGGAAGUGGGCUUGUCGGUGGGCUUGGCAGUGGGCUUGCGUGAAGAUUUUGAUGAGAUUUUGCAUCCAAUGACGUAA